GAAUUAAUAUGUAUUGUCGAAACGUGAAGCUUCAAACGUAAAAUACAAAAAUCAUAUACUUUAUAUCGUAAAUCGAAACGUACAAUUUUACUGAAAUUUAGUCGAGUAUAUUUUCCAUCUGCGAAGUUACAAAUUAAUCGUAAUUAAUGCUCCAAAAUGAAUGUCGAAGAAAAUAGAUUACAGACAUUUACGAAUUGGCCAGAAAAUGCCGCAGUCGAUGCUGCGCGAAUAGCAAAAGCAGGAUUUUAUUAUAGUGGACAUGCUGUUGAGGUCCAAUGUUUUUUAUGUGGAAUAAAAAUUUCUGAUUGGAACUAUAGUGAUCAAGCUAUGGUUCGUCAUCGAGAAGCUGCACCUGAUUGCCCAUUUGUCCAAAAUCCUUCCAACACUUGUAAUGUCCCAUUGAUACCAAUGUCUCCUACUAACUUGGGAUUAGCUUCAACAUCAACAGAAGCAUUGCAAGGAAAUGAUAUUGUCAAACAUCAGUCUGUAACUCCUUCCUUAGAGAGGAAAGAACCUCGAAAAGAGUAUAGGACUAUAUUACAAAGAUGGAACUCAUUCGUUAAUUGGCCAAUUUCUUCUAUCGUAUCACCUGAAAAGCUUGCCAAAGCUGGCUUCUAUUAUCUUCAAUGCAAUGACAAGGUACAAUGUGCAUAUUGUGGAUGUAUCAUGGAAGAAUGGGAAUCCAACGAUGAUCCAUAUGAAGAGCAUAGGAAACAUUUUCCUGAAUGUGAUUUCUACCUGCAAAAAGAUGAGGAUGAUACAUUCUAUUUAAAGAAUGUGAAGUUAAUGCCUGGUGCAAUAUCGAGUCUUAAAGAUUUAGGAAUACAAGUGCAUACAGCUUCUAAAAUACCAAAUCAUGCAACAUAUGAAGGAAGAUUACAAACUUUUCGUGGUUGGCCAAAAAAUAUUAAACAAAUUCCAGAAGUAUUAGCCAGCGCAGGGUUUUAUUACACUGGAAUUGCGGAUCAUGUUAGAUGUUUUCAUUGCGAUGGCGGUUUACUACAAUGGGAAGCAACGGAUAAUGCAUGGAUUGCACAUGCAAGAUUGUUUCCCAAAUGUGAAUUUGUAAAUCUCGUACGCGGACAAGAAUUCAUCAAGCAUUGUAUCGAUACUAGACCACCUCUAGAUCCAUCGAUUCUUGAGGGUGUAGCAAAAGAUGAAAGUCCAGGUGUAGCUGGAGUAAAAAAACCUUUAAAAAAACGAAUGGAAGAAUUUGGGAUUCCAUAUGCAAAUUCUGAUCAGCUCAUAAAUGAACGAGUGGUGGAAGAUGAUUCUAGAAGUGAAUUAAGUACCUCGUUAGUUGAUGCGGUAGGGGACCAUAUAGAUAAUCCUACAGAGCAAUAUAAGGAUGAUGAAGUACAUAAUACUCAGCAAACAACAAUUGAAAAUGAAAAUGAAACCUUGAAUAAAGAAGAAAAAUCUGAACUAUCUAAUGGCGAAGAUAGUGCUUUUAAGAGAAUGACAAACAUUAUAUUGAAAGAAACUGCAUUCUUGGAAGAAGAAAAUAGAAAUCUAAAAGAAGCUCGUUUAUGUAAAACUUGUCUGGAUAGAGAAGUAGCUGUUGCAUUUUUACCAUGUGGACAUUUAGCAACUUGUAUUUCUUGUGCGUUACCUCUUACUCAUUGUCUAUUGUGUCGAGAAGAAAUUCGAGCUACCGUUCGUACAUUUUUAUCGUAAGCCAAAUUACACGAUACAGGGUAUUAAAGAUAAAUUUUUUUUUGUACAAUUCCGAAUAGUAAGUAUUAUAUCGAUAAUUUUGUGUCGCAAAAUAAAAGGAUAUAUCAAAAGCCAAUGAAAUAAGUAAUUAAAAUGCUAUUAAUAUAAUUUCUAUGAAAUUAAGGAACUUGUGUCAAUAUUCUUAGCGAGUAUAGUAGCUAAUACAUACAUAAAAUACGUGUUUGUAUGAAUUGUAUGAAUACGUAGUAUGAUACUUACAUAAGUAACAUUGAAUACAAGAUUUUCCUUUUUUAUAACAAUUUUUAUUUAUACAUUACGGGAUUAAAAAAUGGUAUAUAUGUAUAAUAGCGAUAUAUUUAACGAAUUUAGUUAACUGUACAGAUGUAUAUUAUAAAAAUAUUAGUUGA